GUAAAAACAAGGAAAUAACCUUGGAAGAGAGAGAGAGGGAGAGAGAGAGAGAGAAAAAACAGGAUCGGAAGUGCGUCUACUGGGAUAACAACAGGACGCAGUCAUUUAUUAGACAUAACUGAACGAGUUUGAACGGACGCGCAGAUUUUCUUGGAAUCGUUGCCAGGAAUUAGAUGGAUAAAUUGGGAGACUGUGCCAGGUCGUAUAGCCGGAGCGUUUUGAGUCAGUGUUACAAUUUUAUAAAUCUGAUGGGUUAUGACAGAGCACAAAGCCGUGCAUCUGCUUCGUCUAGAGCGCCCGCCCCAUUGAGGCUUUCUGCGGAGCGAUGGUGAGAGAUUGAUUAUAGUCUCCGGGAUUUACCGUGGAGAAAAGCCAGAGAAAGAGCUGCUCUCCGAUCAGCGAAGAGGACUUAUCCCAGACUCCUUCGCGCUCCCUACAUCCCUCAAGACGCUCUUUGAGUCUUUUUAAAUUUUUUGGAUCAGGUAUCCAAAAUACGCACAAGUCACGCCGGACUUCUUUUUUUAUAUUAUUAUUCUAAGGAAGCUGCCUGUGUGUUUGUGCGUGCGUGCGUGUGUGUGUGUGUGUGUGUGAGGGAGGUGGGGGGGUCGCCUCCGCAGUCUCGGAUGCGUAGUAAGCGGGGGAGUGGGUUGGGUCGCCUUGGAGCCAGGCACACGCACACGUCGUCAGCGAUGAAAAGCGUAUAGGUGAGGGUGAGGGCGAGGGGAAUACGCGUCACCAGAAGCUCGUGUGUUGUUGGGGGGAGAAAGUCGCACACCGGACUCGCCGGCUCUGGAUUAUAGACUCUGCCGUCCAGACACCCCCCUCAGCAGGUUCUUCUGGGAUCCGUACACCUUUCUUCAUCUCUCUGAUCCAGGAUCAGCGAUAGUGGCUGCGCUGUCUCGACCGUUGCAUACUCAUCUGAAAAAAAAGAAAAAAAGAAAGGAGGGCGAAUUGGUGGUGAUUCCGCGGACCAACACAUACAAUGGCAACCGGUGCGCUCCUGCUUGCCUGUGCGCUGCUUGCAGGCGUUGCAGUUGCUCAGAGGGUUGUGACAGUCCAGAGCGGACCCCUGGUCCGGACAGAAGGCUCCCAUGUGACCAUCUGGUGCAACGUGACAGGCUACAAAGAUGGUSUGAAACAAGACUUUGACUGGUCCAUGUACCUACCGUCGGUACCRGAACGGGAGAUCCGGAUUGUAAGCACAGCCCAGUCAGACUAUGCUUAUGCUGUGUAUGCCCAGAGGGUGAACAGUAAAGAGAUUUUUGUGGAGAGGCUGAGCGAUGACUCAGCGGUUCUUCACAUCACCAAAGUGCAGGCCAGGGACCAAGGCGUGUUUGAGUGUUACACCCCCAACACGGACGGGCGGUACCUGGGAUCCUACAGCGCGCGCACCAACCUCACCGUGAUCCCUGACUCGUUGACAGUAACAGCUCCUCCCCAGACUCUGUCCAAAGUGGAGGGUGACACAUUACAGCUCAACUGUGAGGUGUCCCGAACCACGAUGCAGCACACACACCUGUCGGUCGGUUGGUACCUCAGGUCCCCUGAGAAUGCAACAGCCCCACCUCAGGAGCUGGUCACUCUGUCCAGGGACUUUGUUCUCCGCUCUGGAGGACCUUAUCGGCAGAGGAUGGCAGCGGGAGAUCUCAGGUUGGACAAAACCAGUGCCACAUCCUACAGAUUGACCAUUCACAAGCUCCAGCCAGUAGACCAGGGGCUGCUCUACUGUCAGGCAGUCGAGUGGAUUCAGGAUCCAGAUGGAAGCUGGUUCGCAAUGACCCGCAAGCAGAGUGAAAAAACACAGCUCCGCAUACAGCCGACGGAUCGAGACUUCAGCAUCCAGGUGAGCACGGAGCGGCGGUCCUUCAUGGCCGGUGAGUCGCUGGAGCUUCGCUGCACCAUAGAGGCGCAGAACGUCCCCGAGCGUUUCUUCUCGGUGUCGUGGGUUUUCAGCAGCUCACCGGUGGCCGUGGUGGGCCCCAGUGCCGUGCCUGUCCUGGGCCCGGGUUACGUUGCCCGUGAGGCAGCCGGACUCGUGACCGUGCGCAAAGAGUCUCCCAAUAUUCACCUGCUGAAGCUGCACCGCUUGAGUACAGAAGACGCUGGAAAGUACAUCUGCCGCGUCACGGAGCGGGAAAAGACACCAACAGGAGAUUUCAUCGACCGCAGCAAAAGGUCGCGCAAUGUCCAGAUCACAGUUCAACCACUCAAGAACAACACCACAGUGUCGCUCUCUGCAAACUCCUCUGAGGUCCUAGAAGGAGACCCGAUCCAGCUGAUGUGCUCAGUCAACUCUGCCAUUGCCCCGCUGACUGUCGUAUGGCAGUGGACAGACAGGCAAUCAGCCGGACCGAUCCAGGAAGUGGCCGCUGUGGAUCGGGACGGUACUGUUACUCACGGACCCAGCUACAGGGAGCGCUCCGGUUAUGGGGAAAUUCGCAUUGAGAGGGUGCGUGCCAACAUUUUCUCCCUAUCCCUCUACAAUGCUUUACCUGGAGACGAGGGUCAGUACCGCUGCUCAGCUACCCAGUGGAUUAACAUCGGCACCGAAACAGAGCCAAACUGGGAGAAGCUUGGCGAGCAAUCAGCCACCAAAACGGUCACAGUAAAGACUGUUGAGUCUUCCUUUAUGGUGUCGGCCUCAUCGCGGACGCCAUCGAUCUCCUUCGGAGAUUCCUUUGACCUCCUGUGUCUGGUCAAGCCUCGCCACAACCCCAGGGUCCCCACAUCGGUCACCUGGCGCUUCAUGCCAACUGGUGCUCAAGAUGAUGAUCAGGGAGAGUUCAAGGACCUGGUGACGUUCACCCGCGAAGGCACCCUGCAGUGGGGAGAACAACUGCUUGGUUUGGGCACUCGCACCACUGUGGACCGCUCACACUCCAACACCAACUUCCGAUUGUCUGUGACCCGCGCGGGGCGCCGUGAAGCUGGCAAGUAUCAGUGUACUGCCAUCCUGUGGAGGAAAAACUAUGACAACAGCUGGAGCAGAGUGGCUAACCGCACCUCCAACCUACUGGGCAUCAACGUCCUUCAGCCAGAGAGCAGGCUAAAGGUGCAAAAGAACAACCAGUCUCUGGUGUACCAGGAGGACAGCAGGGUCAGGAUCAAUUGCUCGAUCACCUCCCAGACCAGCCAGGACUCCCAACAUGCUGUGUUAUGGUACAUAAGACGGGCAGCCGGGUCAGAAACCGAUGAACUCCUGCUGAGGAUCGAACGCACAGGGGCCUUUGAGUACGGCGCCUACGCAGACGAGGAGAGACUGAGGCGGCGGGUCCAGGCAGAGAGGCUCUCACCUCGGCUCUACGCACUGACUCUGAACAGGGCAGAGAGCAGUGAUUCUGGGACAUAUUACUGCCUGGUGGAGGAGUGGCUGAGUGACCCAGAUGGAGCCUGGUAUCGACUCUCCCGGGAUACCUCAGGCUACACCAGGGUUCUUGUCAAACAACCAGAGCCUCAACUACGUGUUGAUGAGCUUGAGAAUAACGUGACAGUGGAGGAGUCCAGCUCAAUUCGGCUGGGCUGCAAUAUUUUCAGCCAGUCGUCUCCCGACUCGCGCUUUUCUGUGUUCUGGUACGUGGAUCGCUCCGAUGACGAGGACAUCGAGGACCAGCCGGGGGAAGACGACGACAAGCGGGACUGUGUGUUUUCCAUCGGCCACGACGCCAUCUUUGGAAAUGGAAACUGCAGCCCCCCCGACGACAAUGGGCCCAAUUCCCGCUUUCAGUUUGAGAGGACUACUUCUGACCAGUACAGCCUGACCAUUCACGGAGCCCGGCCAGCAGAUGCCGGUCGUUACUAUUGCCAUGUGGAGGAGUGGCUCCUCAACCCUCGCAAUGAAUGGUAUCGCCUUGCCACCAAUAAUUCUGGCGUCACCAUCGUCAAUGUACUGCAGCAAGUUUCCACCAUCCAUUCAGUGGUGUGUUCCAACGAGUCCCUCUUCUAUUUCCUCUUCUUCUACCCGUUCCCCAUCUUCGGCAUCCUUCUCAUCGCGUUGCUGGUCGUGCGCUACAAAGGUCGCAACAACAACAAGAGCCAGGAGGGCAAGAACGGCGCCCCCCUGCUGUGGAUUAAGGAGCCUCACCUCAGCUACUCCCCCACCUGUCUGGACCCCCCAGCGCUCAGCUUGCACCCCGGCUCGGUUGACUAAGCGAGGGAGGGUCGGACCCCCGCCCUUUUUUCUGCCUCACGCACAUUGCGGACUCAGCCGACACAAUGCCAGGGAGCCUUUGUGGACUCCACCUUCAGACCUUACUGUUGUUCGAUGCCGUGUUGAAUUAUAGUCAAUGAGUUUUAAGAUUUCUACUCCGGCGGCUGUUUGUUUUUAUGUUGACGACUGUGUGUUUGUGAGUGUGUGUGUGUGUGUGUGUGGACGUGCUGACACGGAUGGAUGUACCAUUUCAGCACAAUUAACUGCGCGAGGGCAAACUGAAGGGCGAGAGAGUACCAUGAACCUCUCCCGGUUUCUGUAAAGCCUAACCCCAUAGUUGCGUUUUGACUUUUAUUACAAUAAAUAUUUAUCUAUUUUUCAAUAGAGAGUGGAAGAAAAAGUGCAGAUAAGAUCGUAGGCCAGUCUUGGGAAGAAUAUUUAAGAGAGUGAACUCUGCAGGCGACUCCAGCGUUAAGCGGUAUGCAGAAAAGUCUUCAAACUGAUCCAAGUGCAGCCACAGCCUAGCCUACUAUGCUGGUUCCCAUAGCAAUGCUCUGCACCCACUGACUUCAUAGCCGCCGGCUCCGUUGCCAGGCUGCAUGGAGACAAAGGCUAGGACACACAAGUCUGUGUCCUGAGCGAGGAUGUGUGUUGGCCCACCUGCCUCCACAAUGGAUUCGCCUUGGCAGACUGAAACAAGUCCUGGUGUGCCACUUAAACACUGCCAGACACUCUGGCCUGAGUGAAAGACUGCCCCACUCGUCUUCUCCACCCUUCUCUCCGAAAAGAGACGGCAAGGGAAAGUAAAAUUAUGGGGAAUAAAUGGAAAAAGUCUCUUUUACUGAAGACGUCUGAACUUAAGCAUAAGUGAUUUUAAUUUUUCUUUUUUCUUUCAGUGCCAAGUGCUCCUUUUCAGUGCUGUUUGCAGCUAAUGUUUGAAGUUUUAAAAGACAGUGGGGAAGCUGAUGGGUUCAGAGGCAGUCGAUUAAUAUGUCUGCAUACAUCCCGCUGUGGAUUUAUGGGCCUUGCUGGCUGUUAAAUCAUAAAUAAGUUCAACUUUUUUUUAUUAAAUUAACUGAGUUACUGAAUGAAAUUUAAUUUUUGCACCUUUUCCUUAGUUGCCCUUUAUCACCACUUCUUUUAUUUAUUUUUUUUAAUGCAAACGCCACAAUGAAGAUUAUUAAUGUGUAGUGUGGUAGGUGUAAUAUAACACAAAAAGGCUACCUGCACAUGAUUUGACGAGGAUAAAUGUUUAGUUUACAAUAUUUUGUAUUUAUUGUUUUAUACUUUUUUUGCAUUGCUUUGUAAGAUUUUCUCAUUUUUGCCUCUUUCUUUCUUAAAAAUCUGUGCAUUGAGCACAUUAUAUCAAUAGCCUGUGUGUUGAAAAUGUGGUAGAAGUAGAAAUGCUAGAUCCGUCCUGCGCGUUGCAGUUUGUAGCAUUUCAUUACCAGGCUGUCAGGUUUGUUCAGUGUCAGAACACUGUAUAUCUAUACAUUUAAUAUGCUGUGGCUUUAUGUGUACAAUAGUUGAACAAAUAAGUCACAAGAAUUGAUUCACUUAUACGCUUUUUUUGCUCGUUUAUUUAGUGAAAUGUGAUGUAACACCUAUGUAGGAUGUUUCAACUGAAACUUGAGAUGUUUUUGGUUAGUUUUUUUUGUUUGUUUGUUUUGUUUUUUUUUAAGUCACGGAAGCAUCACGGUUCCCGCAUAACCGUGAUGUAAGGCAGGAGGGCUGGGAAAGCUGUGCCACCUUGUCAGCCCAGAGAGGUGAAUCCCUCUGCGUAACCCGUACACUGCCAGACUGGACAUGAGAACUCUUGGGAAAAAAAACCUGUCUCAGUUGUGUCAACAUGUAUAUUGCAUGACAAUAUUACAGGAGGAAUUUUGAUGUUUUGUAAAGUUUUGAACAUUUUAAACCUUGUGUUUUUGUGACGGAGCUGACAACCUUCCCCUCUCUCUCUCUAUCCUUCCUCCCGAACUUCCUGAGCCAAGAGUUGACACAGUGUCCGGUGCCCCUGGUCAUCUCCAAUAUUUGACUACUAGUCCAAGAUGCCCUUUGAACCUGUUUAAAUAGCUGAUUUUAAGGAUGGGUGUUGUGGAGACUGUGUUUGAUAUUAUUGCUCAUAACUGUCUUUUUAAUGCUUUGCUUUUAUGCAGCACUUCAUUAAACAGAUUUAUGUCAAAAAGGCCAA